CGCGAUUGCUUGGUUGAAUCGAAUCAAUCAAUCGAAUUCCUGGGCGGACGCGCCUGUUGAAGUUCACUCUUGGGAUCUUCACGGUUGUGCGGACUCUGGAUGGAUGGCAACGCCAACAAGUCAUGCAGCGUGCACGCAUGAAUGCACCAGCACCUUCGCUCGCCUGACUGAUGAGUCUGAGCGAGGCACGGGGAAGAGCAGCGUGCAGAAGAAUCAUUCGCAUGACGACGCCGGGGCGCAGCAUCGCAGCAGACUCAGGGGCCAGCUACAUGCAGCAAUCCGGACUGGAGGAGUGGCAAGCCCGCGCUUAUCGCAGCGCUAUGGCAGCGCACCCCGUCAAUACGAAGCGCCGGAUUGCAGGCCCUCCCCGAAAGGUAUAAGAAGGGCCCCCUCGACCUCGCUAUCCUUCCCUCUUCUUUCCUCAGACUCGUACAAGUUCCAAUCAGCUCUCUAACUCUCUCGCACAUCUCGACAAUCUCACAAGCAAAUCAAUAGUCAUCUGCUGGCCAGACUUCAAGAUUGCAAAGCACUACAUACACAACCAGCACUACUCUCUACAAGCAACCUUCGCAAGCUUUUCACGCUCCUCGUAGCAUAUCUUUACGCUCUUCACGCACAUUUCAAAGCACCCUUCUUCUCAAACAACCCAACUCACUUUUCAAGAU